GGCGCGAUGCCCGGGCUGUGGGAGCGGCUGGCGGGCGGCGAGCGGGGCCUGGAGAGCUCGGACUGCGAGUCCCUGGGCAGCGCCUCCGGCUCGGAGGGGGAAGCCGAGUACGCCGAAGGCAUCUCCCUGCCGGACCUGGACCUGCUGCACGACCCCGAGGACGAGCUGCUGUGCGCCAACCUGCUGGACCUGGUGCAGGCCACCCUGGGCAGGGCCCCCCUGGGUGCCAAGCGCUGCUCCCGCCUCCUGAUGCCAGCCCCGCUGCUGGCCCAGGUGAGGAGGGAGCUGCUGCGCCUGGCCUGCAGCGAGCCCUGCGGGCUGCGCGGGGCCCUCCUCGACCUCUGCGUAGAGCACGGCAAGGCCUGCCACGACGUGGGGCACCUCGCCGUGGACCCCGCCGUGGUGCCCACCUUCCAGCUCACCUUGGUGCUGCGGCUGGACUCCCGCUUCUGGCCCAAGAUCCAAGGACUCCUGUUCAGCUCGGGGCCGGCGUUCACGCCGCUGAAGCUGAGCACGGGCUUCAGGGUGAUCAAGAAGAAGCUGUACAGCUCGGAGCAGCUGCUGAUCGAGGAGUGCUGAUGGGGGCCCUGCUGGAGAAGAAAGAGAGGCACCCAAGCGCUCGGGGAGAGAGCCGGUUGGAGCGCGGCGGCGGCGGCUCCCGGCAGCCACUGUAGUUUAGGGUUAGGUUGGAAGUAGGGCUGUAGGUGGAAGUAGUUUGGGCAGGCAGAGGUUUCCCCCCUGCCUGUGCCGGGGUGUCCCUGAGGAGGAGCAGUCUGGGGACCCAGGCGGUGGUGGCUUCGCACCGUCGAUGAUUGCGGGACGGCCGGCGGGGACCGCGCUCUGGGAGGCGGCAGCGGGGCUGCCGGCUCGACGCCUGUUGGCUGAUCGACCCUGUCUUUUUGUAACGAGGAUUGUAAUCAAUGGGGUUUCUGGGGGUUGGGGGGGGGGAGGAGGGGGGUGUGUGGGAGUGAGUGAGGGGCUGGGAGGUGGGUCUGGAUCAAAGACAAACCCCACUGCUGGCACCUGGGCAGGCCAAGAAGGGGUUGGGAGGGAGGGGCUGUUGGAAGUUGCAUCAUGUCUUUGAUCAGCAGAAGGAAAGAGUGGGGGGAGAGGGGGUGUGCGAGGUGAUGGAGGGCAGGACCCCUCGCUGUGGGUACUUCAUUGGUUACAGUUUACACUCAUACACUUGAUGUUCAAGUGCAAGACUUCCUAUGCAAUCGUGUCGGGGUGGGUUGUGUUGUGUUGUUUUUUUACUUUUCUAAUAAAAGCUGUCUCCGUUGUGAUAA